AUGAGUGAUACAGAGAACUUUCAGCAAUUGUCAAUCUGGCUAACCACUUUUAACUGUGCGAAGUUGUUUCCCUUUGACAAACCCGCAGAUACAACCAUAAGACAGCGACAGGUAAUUGAAAAGCUACUACCGGUCGAAAUUCACCAUGACAUUUACGUGUUAUCGUUUCAGGAGUUGGUUUCAAUUCCACAAGCCUUAUAUCCAGGUGUAGUUUCAUGCUAUCUUGAUAUUUUGGCCCCUUUAGUGCUGGAACAUUUAAACAACGGAUACCACAAACUCACCCAUAAUGAAUCAAAACACUUUAUAAAUAGUAAGAAUGAAAAUCAAGAAUGGUCAGAAGAUACUGAGCCGCUUCUAAGUCACAUGAGUGGGUUUUCUGUAAACGAUAAUGUGGCUGGUCAGGAGUCCCAUGUGAAUGGGUGUUACAAACAUGUCGGAUCUAAUUCAAUUGGAGCUACAGGUGUAAUAGUAUUUGCAAAGACUGAUAUAUCAGUCUUAAAUUAUGCUACUACUAACGUUCGCUGUGGUAAUCUUUACUCCGUGUUGAAGGGAGCAACAGUAAUCCAACUAGUCAUCGAUAGAAAUAGCCAAAGGCAGAAGCUCACUUUUAUAUCUGCACAUUUAGCCGCAUCAGAAGGUAACAGGAACUUAAAGCGUCGUAUCAAUGACUUCACUACUGUAAUGGACCACGUAAGAUAUAGCUUCAGCAAAAUAUUUGAUGGAUUGGUUUUCUUCUGUGGAGAUCUUAAUUUCCGUGUGCAACCUCCACAACCCAUUGGCUUGGACUACACUGACGCUAACGUCAUCCGUACGUUGCUCGAUGAAAAUGACGAAUUAAAUAUGAUUAGGUCCCAACACAUAGCCUUGCAAGAAUUUGAAGAACCAAUAAUUGAGUUCUCGCCCACAUACAAAUACUUUACAGAGAUAGAUGACAGCCUCUACAACUUCAGACGACAACCUUCUUGGUGUGACAGAAUACUCUAUAGCAAAAGUGCACACAACUUAUUCAUUAAAACGCAGAAUUAUAAUGCUAUAGUCAGGACACCAGCCCUAUAUUUUUCAGAUCAUCAACCAGUGGUAUUAGGUGUCACCGUUAAUAUGACAUCCAAACAUUUUGAACCAUUUGACAGACAAAUGCCAAGGAGAUUUGAGCAUAUAUUGGGCACAGCCGUUGAUAUGCUCCUAUUCAUAUUUACCUGGAUCCACUGUAGCUACGGAAUCCCUGGUGACUUGGUUGCAGGAGUUACUUUCUUAACUAUUUUAUAUGUUCUACUCGAUUAA